ACAAGGCAAAACGGUUUCCCCCGGUUCGCGCAACAAUGCAUUUUCGCAUAUAAAUCGGCAUAGAGAAUAUUUGAUCUAAAAUGGGUGACACCAUCGAUGAGGCGCCCACACCGCAGCGACGCGAUAAACCGCAAAGUUUGAACAUUGCAGAGGAGGAGGGAAGGGCAUCGACAGCAGCAACCCCCUCCACCGCGAUUCACAUUCCCGCCUCGCACAGUCCGCGCACCAAAAUUCGUCUGGCGGAACGCGAACAGAAACGCGAUCACUCGGCGGAUGGACUCGGCUCGACGCUCGGUUGUCGCGAAGAGUUUGUGGGCGUCGAGGCAGCGACGCCGCGACGCGAGAGUCUCAACAGCUGCGAAGCAGGUAGCCCGGGCACGCUCUCCACCAGUCUGGGCAAGACGAGUCGACUGAGCUCGAGCAGGUACUCGUCCGGCGUUACGGGCAGCGUCAGUGGGAGCAUAUUGGGUGGCCUCAUGGGCGGCAGCGGCACCACCACCCGCAAGUGCGUCCUGACGCUGGACGGGUACUCCUACGUAAUAGUUGCCAGCACGCCGGAGAGUUUGCCCAAUAAGCGAGACGAGGCCAGUAGUGCCACCGGCAGCAGCAGCAGCAGCAGCGUUGGUGGUGCGGCGUCAGGUGGUGCCGUUGGUGGAGCAGCGAGCGGUGCAGCCAGUGGUGGAGCUGGAGCUGGUGCAGGUGCUGGGAUAACCACGCCCGGACACGAGACGGCCGCCGGCAGUCCCACAGUCUCUGAGUUUGCUGGAAUUGGCCCAAAUGCGACAAUAAAUGGUCAAGUGGCAAGACACGGCUCAUUGACCAUUAUUCGACGCACGAAUAGUCGAAAUUUCUCGCAAAUUGACGCGUCACAGCUCACCUCGCCCUCGCAUCCGACAACGGCCGCCGGCAGCAUCAGCUUCGCCCAGGCACCGCUCAGUGAACCACUUGCAGAGCGUCUCAGGCAGCAGUCCGGCGCUAACGGCGCAGCCCGCACAGCCACUGAGCAGCAGGGCAGCAGCAGCAGCAACAGCAACAGCAACAACAGCAGCGGCAGUCAUUUACCGUUAGUCGCAGCCGCAGUCGCAGCCAGCAGCAAAAUGCAACCCUCGUCGCCGAACGCGUCAAACUAUUUGCCCGAGAAUACGCAAGUGUCGUCGGCAAAUCCGUCAACAACCGAAAUGAAUGCGGGUCGCGAUUCGUUGGAAUAUUUUACUAAUCAAUCGCUAAAUCCCACCGCCCACGCCCCAAUGUCGCGGGAGAAUGACAAUCCGCUGUCGCAGCACUCGUUCGAGACAACGUCGAAUCUAUCGUUCGGUGCGAUACAAUGGGAAACCGAAAGCCUACCGCCAGUCGAUACGCCAGAUGCACUUAACAAAGCGGCUGGGAGAAUACGCAGUCUUCUCCGCCGCAUGGAUCACGAGACCGUUGCCUAUGAGGACAUGCAGCGGAAUCUGCAUUAUGCGGCACGUGUACUCGAAGCUGUCUUCAUAGACGAAUCAAGCGAGUCGGCAAAGCAGCGCUGCAACGGCAACUGCAAGAAUCUCAACUGCAGCCAACACAGCCACAGCCGUGACCAGACAGACGGCAGAGGCGAGCAGCAGCCGCAGGAUAACAACAACUCCAACAGCAGCUGCUGCCUGGAGAAGAGGUCAGCGGAGGAGGAGAAGGAGAAGGAGGUAGAGUCACAGGCGUCACAGGAGCCAAGCACAGCUGACAAUCAGGCGAGCAUAGAGAGCCGCACCAAAGGUGUGUCCAUGGCACCACAGACGCACAGCGGGCCAACGGGUCCGCCAGCGACUGUGCCUAGUGGCGGCACCGAAGAGGUGACAAAAACAGUGCCAGCACUUGAGACGGUGACAGAAUCUGCCCUAGAAGAGCACCACUCCACGGACACGAUGACAAAGCCUGCAGCGACUGAUACAAGUGCGCCAACUCCUCCAGCGCCAAGCACGACGACUGCAACGACGACAACUAGUGGCAGCAGCUCCACUGUAGCGGCGGUUGCGGCUGAAAGUGUUUCCAGCAGUAGCAGUUGCAGUAAUAAAGCGACCGUGCACCGACAAAGACGCCUGCGUACACCGGUCUGGGCGAGAUCUAUGUCGACGAAUAAAACGCGCCUGGCCGACGAGGAUGAUGAGUUAUCGGAGGUGCAACCGGAUGCCGUGCCACCGGAGGUGCGCGAAUGGUUGGCCUCCACAUUCACGCGCCAGAUGGCCACCAGCCGCCGCAAGAGCGACGAGAAGCCCAAGUUCCGCUCGGUGGCACAUGCCAUACGUGCGGGCAUCUUUGUGGAUCGCAUUUAUAGACGCGUCUCCAGCUCGGCAUUGAUGCAAUUUCCACCCGAUGUGGUCAAGCUGCUAAAGAACCUCGAUGACUGGACAUUCGACGUAUUCGCUCUGACGGAGGCAGCCAGCGGGCAGGUUGUUAAAUACGUGGCCUACGAUCUGUUGAACCGCUACGGAGUGAUACACAAAUUCAAGAUUGCACCCGGGGUGCUGGAGGCAUUUCUGCAUCGCGUGGAGGAGGGCUAUUGUCGCUAUCGCAAUCCUUACCACAACAAUUUGCAUGCGGUGGAUGUGAUGCAGACGAUGCAUUAUUGCUUGUGCAACACGGGAUUGAUGAACUGGCUGACGGACUUGGAGAUAUUUGCCUCGCUGCUGGCGGCGCUGCUCCACGACUACGAGCACACGGGCACCACCAACAAUUUUCACGUAAUGUCCGGCUCGGAGACGGCGCUGAUGUACAACGAUCGAGCGGUGCUGGAGAACCAUCAUGUGAGCGCCAGCUUCCGGCUGCUGCGCGAGGAUGAGUACAACAUUUUGUCGCAUUUGUCGCGGGAGGAGUACCGGGAGAUGCGCACGCUGGUGAUCGACAUGGUGCUGGGCACGGACAUGACCAAUCACUUUCAGCAGAUGAAAACGAUGCGGAAUCUGUUGACGCUGCAGGAGGCGACCAUUGACAAGUCGAAGGUGUUGUCGCUGGUGCUGCACUGCUCUGACAUUUCCCACCCGGCCAAGCAGUGGGGCGUCCAUCAGCGCUGGACCAUGCUGCUCCUCGAGGAGUUCUUCCGGCAGGGUGACCUCGAGAAGGAGCUCGGCCUGCCCUUCAGUCCGCUCUGCGAUCGCAACAACACACUCGUCGCAGAGUCACAGAUUUGCUUCAUUGACUUUAUCGUUGAGCCCAGCAUGGGCGUCAUGUCCGAUAUGCUGGAGUACAUUCUGGCACCCAUUGCGCCCGUGCUCAAGACGAAGCCUUUGCCUUUGCUGGAGCAAGAUGACAGCGGCCGUGUGGGUCCACGUCCCUCCGAACGUCGCACCGAUGACAAGUCCUCCGAUUGCAGUGCCCCGCCCAUGGCACGCAAGAGCCUCACUGGCAGCACUGUAUCCAAAUUUGUAAUACCCAAGCCAUGGCUUUUAUGUCUCGCCGAAAACAAAAAGAUCUGGAAGGAGCAGGCCGUCAAAGAUGCCGAGAGCCGCGCUUUGGCCACUGCUGCCGAGGAAGCAGCCGCAAAUGCCGCGGAAGAUGCGGACAAGCCCGCAGCGGAAGCGGAAGCUGGCAGCGAGGAAGCAGCAACAGAGGCCACAGCGGCAGAGACAGAGGCCACAACGGCAGAUGCUGCAGCAGCCAACUAAAC